UAUAAUCUAUUCCUUUUUCUUAACGUUCCUAUUUUUUUUCAAAUACCGUUGGAGGCAACAUAUUUAAAUCUUCAUUACCAAAAUAAGCCCACAUUCCCCCCCACCCCCCACCCUACCCCCAAUAUAAACACUCUGCAAAUACAGUCUAAAUUCCUCCUCCAUUCUUCUCUGCAGAUUUUUUUUUGUUGUUGUUGGGAAAAUCAAGAAAGCAGAGAUCUUGAAAAGAAAAAAAAAUGGGAUGUUUUCUUGGAUGUUUUGGUUUUACAACCAAGAAACAAAAACGCAUAAAGCCUUGUAACAAGUUCCAAGUGCAUCAAAAGUAUGUACCACUGGAUUCUGCGAAGGAAAUUAUCGCAGAUUCAGCAAAUUCUAAGCCCAGGGAUAAGCCAAAAGAAUCAUCAAAACGUAAGGUAAAAAAGAAAGUGAGCUUCAAUUUGGAUGUCAAGACUUAUGAGAGAAUUCAAGAUGACAACAACACAACAUAUUUCUCAGAGGAAGAGGAAAAGACACAAAGGGAAUACAAUGAACAAAAAACAGCCAAAGCAAGUUUGUCCAUGUACCCUUCAAGUCAUAGAUACUACAACUGCAACGAUAGCUAUGAGGAGGAAGAUGAGAUAACACUUGAGGACAGUGACAUCGAUGAUCUUGAUGAAGAAGAAGAAGACUAUGGUGUUAGCGAUGACGAUGAUGAUGAUGGUGGUGGUGAUGAAUAUAACUCUUUGCAUAUUGAAACAGAAAACAAGUAUGGCAAUGUUGAAAAACUGAACAAAGAUGAAUCGAAUGAAGUAGGUCGAAAUCAUAGGAAUUCUGUGCUUCUUCCAGUUGAAAAUCUCACUCAAUGGAAAGCAGUCAAAGCAAGAGGAGCACAGCAAGUGAAGCAACAAAAGGAAAACAUUAUCAAAUUGGAUGGAAAACAAGAAUUGCCUUUGAUUGAAAAACCAGUAAACCAUGGUGCGGACGUAAAUCCAAAAAAUAACUCUAAGCCUAAGCCUAAUGAACAUGGAAUUCCAGUAGAUGCCAGUCUCUCAAACUGGCUGGUUUCAGCAAGGACAACAUCAGUAAAUGGCUCAGCUGUGUAUUACAUUCAAGAUAGAGCUGUAGAUCAAGUCGUGCUUGAUGAAGUCAGUAUCAUAUAAACAAAGAAAGUGCAGAGAAUGGCCUAUUGGCCUAAAUACAUUUGAUUGAUGUUUGUGUAAAGAAUUUAUUGUUUUUGUGCAUGAUUUAUGAGUGCAGUGUGUUGUAUUCUCCUCCGCGAGAGAAAAAAAGACAUAAGAUUUCCAUCUGGGGACUUGUAUUUGGUUGAGAGCAUAUCAUAUGCAUGUUGUAAUUUUUUUAUUGUUGCUAAACCAAAAAGUGGACAAAGAAAGAAAGAUAACAAAAUCAUUCUUGCUACAA